AUGUUUGCUCCAAUUACAACUUUCUAUAAGCAAUCAGACUUCUGGACAAUUAGUUAUUUUUCCCUUUCAGGUGAGAUGUCUGAAAAGUUAAGUAGGUGCCGUAAGGAGCUAGCAGCAGCUAUUGAUCGAGCAAUGGAAGAUCUCUCCAUUCCUUUCCUUCCUUCCCAAGAUACCAGCAACAACCAGGACUCUGAUUUGCCAAUAGUGCAACUUUCUACACCCCAUAAUAUAGAUAUCUUUAAUUCUAAGAGAGAGGUAAUCUCUCCUACUGUAUAUGGCCCCCAGCCAUCUUCAGCAAUCUCCUCUCCUGAAAAAGAGAAUCCCCUCCUUAGGUCAAAUCUCUUUCCAGUGACGGUAACCUCGAGUAUUACAUGUACCAAACGGGAACCAUUGAUGAGCAAGGAAAAUACAUGGUUGCACACUCCAAUCUUUAUGGCUGACAAGCAGUAUUUUAUCAGCCUACAAGACAGUGAGAGAUGGAAGAAAGGACAAGUAAGCAAAACUGAUGAACGAUCCAUGAAGUCAGAAACAAACCUAAUUUCCUGUGAUGUUCCUCCAGAGAAUCCAAAGGAUCACGAAGAUAUGUCUGCUGCCUUUUAUGCGCUUUUUUUUUCUGUAGACGAAUCCUCAGCUGUCCAUCUGGGUGAGAGGACCACUUUCAGGAAGGUCCUAGAACACAGCCCUGAAGAUGAAGCUAUCAUUGAAACCUUGUUGGAUAUGGAAGAGGAAUACAGAUUAAACAGCUCCACCUUACACCAGCUUCACUAGGCAGGUGGUGUAAAGUGUGAGCUAUUUUUAAGAUUUGUUAGUAACAUUUUAAAACCAUGCAAGCAAUCCUGACCAGAUGCACAAUUAAAGUAAGCAACUUACAAUAUUGGCAUGGAGUUUCUUUUUUCUUCUCUGUAGAAUAAUGAACAGUAGAUCAAUCAAAUGCUACUGCUUUUGCUUGCCCUUCAAGGUAAUUUUCCAUUGCAAAAAAGAUACGGCAUAUAAGCCAUUUUGUGACAUAAUGAUUUAAGUCAUGUUUACUUGCAAAUUUUUGCCAAACAGAAGAUGCACAUGUCUUUAAACCAAAAAAAAAACAAAAAACGUUUUGAAUAAUGGGAUGAAUUUCACAGAAGGAAACACAAAAUAGAUAAACACUAAUAACGAAACUGACUAGUGGGGGAAUGAAAUAAUCUAUAUCUUAUAUCUAAAGAUUCAUUAAUGGUAGGAUCUUGUGCAUCAAGAUAUUUACUCCAUGGUUUUCUCUGGGGAAGCAAGCUACACAUCUGCUUUCAUGUCAGACAGGACAGAAAGGAGAAAAAAUGUGUAAUUCAUUGUGAUCAUAAAUGUAUAGUUUA